ACCACCAGUCGCUACCAGACACCACUACAACUACUGGUGCUGCUGCUACUACUACUACUACUACUACUACUACUACUACUACUACUACUACUACAACUACUACUACUACUGCCACAAGUACUUGAUCUAGUCUUCCACCACCACUUCUACUACUACUACUACUACUACUACUACUACUACUACUACUACUACAAUGGCUAAGAACACUACUUAUAAAGGAUAUUCGAAGCUAGCGGAGAAGAUAGCAAAGAAUACACAUUUCACGUGUGAGGAGGUAGACGCCCUUCUGACGCUUCAUGACCCCACCGGCGCCUCACCUCGGCUGGACGGGAACAGAUUUCGCGACAUCAUGCACGGUAUCUUCGCCAUGACGGACGAGGUGCUUAUGGAGGCAAUGUUCCGGGUGUUCGACAUGGAUCAGGACGGGGUGGUGGGGCCCGAGGAGUUUGUUCUGAGCAUGUCCGUCUUCCUGCACGGGUCGCUGGACGAGAGGAUUGACUACUGUUUCAGCGUGUACGACCACAACAGCGAUGGUAUGGUGUCUCGUGACGAAAUGUUCCACCACCUCAAGAGUACAGUGGUCAACCUCCCGCCGGGCGAAGAGCUGGACGAGGUAGCGAAGGACCUUGUGGACCUCGUGGUUCGUAAGCUGGACCAGGACCACGACGGGCGGGUCAGCUUCAGCGACUACGCCACCGCCGUCAGGGAGGAGCCGCUUCUCAUGGAGGUGUUCGGCCCGGUGCUUCCAGACACACAGGAGCGCGAGCACUUCCUCAACACCUUCCUGGACCAGUACGGCCUCAGAGCACAGCAGCUAUAGGCGCAGGGACACAGAAAUAGGUGAAAAUAAGGGGAGGACUGGCACGAGUGGGUCCUCCUCCCCUGUUGCUUCGGUUCGGGGUUCGUCUGCUCGGCUUUUUAUUCUUUGUCUCGUUUUCUGCUUCAUUUUUUUUUAUUACGUGUGUUUUUAAUCAAUCAAUGUUUUUCCUUCAGAUUUCAAUGAUUUUUAGUGCAUUUCUUUGGUCUGAUUUGGUUUGUCAGGCUUUUUUUUUAUUCUUUCCCUCCUUUUCUUUAAUAUUUAACUGGUAGAAGCUUUUUAUUUUUAUUUAUUUUUUAUUUUUUAUUUAUUUAUUACGUUUUUCCUUCAGAUUUCAAUGAUUUUUAGUGCAUUUCUUUGGUCUUAUUUGGUUUGUCAGGCUUUUUUAUUCUUUCCCUCCUUUUCUUUAAUAUUUAACUAGUAGAAGCUUUAUUACGUUUUUUUCCUUCAGAUUUCAAUGUUUUCAGUGCAUUUCUUUGGUCUUAUUUGGUUUGUCAGGCUUUUUUAUUCUUUCCCUCCUUUUCUUUAAUAUUUAAAUUGUAGAAGCUUUAUUACGUUUUUCCUUCAGAUUUCAAUGAUUUUUAGUGCAUUUCUUUGGUCUUAUUUGGUUUGUCAGGCUUUUUUAUUCUUUCCCUCCUUUUCUUUAAUAUUUAAAUUGUAGAAGCUUUAUUACGUUUUUCCUUCAGAUUUCAAAGAUUUUUAGCGCAUUUCUUUGGUCUUAUUUGGUUUGUCAGGCUUUCUUAUUCUUUCCCUCCUUUUUUUAUAUUUUACUUGUAGAAGCUUUAUUACGUUUUUCCUUCAGAUUUCAAAGAUUUUUAGCGUCCAUUUCUUUGGUCUUAUUUGGUUGUCAGGCUUUUAAUUCUCUCUCCUUUUCUGCUUCUCUUUUUUACUUGAAGCUUUACUGCGUUUUAGUUUUUCCUUCAGAUUUCAAUGAUCUUUAGCGUCUAUUACUCUGCUCUUAUUUGGUCUUUCCAGUUAAUACAGUCCAUAUCCUAUACAUAUUUUGAAUUUCUAUUGUAUAUUUGCCUUUUUAUCCUAUAUUUUGAGUUUCUAUUGUAUAUUUGCCCUUUUCUAUUUUGCUUGAUUUGAUUUGAGGCAUCUUCCUUCCUUCCAGCAAUGUUCUCUCGAGGGGUAAUUUAUUAAUAUUAUCCACAGAGCAACAUUUCGUCACCCAAGUUCACAUAUUUGACAAGACUUUCGUAGGAGUUGUGGGCAUUUCCCGCAGCGGUUUUAUGACCCUGGUGGUAGUUUGACCCUUCUUCUGUACCGUGAACCUAAAGAAACACUCAUUAGAACCCUAUUGAUCCCCUCUGUGACCUUUAGAAAUAGCUGAUGUGAGAAGAGGUUUUAUGACCCUGGUGGUAGAUUGACCCUUCUUCUGUACCGUGAACCUCAAGAAACACUCAUUAGAACCCUACUGACCCCCUCUUUGACCUUUAGAAAUAGUUGAUGUGAGAAUCGAAAGCGUCUUAUACCAACCACUAACUCAAGACCAUGGAGUGCUUAUCAACACCCUGGUAUUGGUAAAGAUGGGAAAUCAGAGGAAAUGCUUCUUUUUAUUAAGUUGUAAAUAUAUUUGAAAAGUACCUCAAAUAAUGGUGGUGUGAAGUGAUACAAAGGAAAAACAUACAGCUGACUGGAGAUACGUAUAUAUAACAGACCCUCAGGAAAGUUGUAUUAAUUACUCGAUAAAAAGGAAGGGUUUAUAAAAUCGCUACCAAAGAAUAUGUCCAUCCAGUGCCGUGCCUCUCAUGAAAACACCUGAAUACCAACACUAUAUACUUUUGCCCCACUGGGAGGCGAGUGCUAGGGUGCGAGUUUGCAUAAAAAGAUACACAAUACAGGCCUCUCUUUUUAACCUUUCAGCCGUUACAUUUAGGCUCACCAAAACUAGAAAUAAUGAUAUAGAAAAUAAUGUCGGAUCCACUAUUUCAGGCUCUUAUUGAAACUCCUACAAAUAUUGGUAAAGAAAAUCAUAUCGGAGUCACUAUUUUAAGCUCUUAUCGAAACUCCUACAAAUAUUGGUAAAGAAAAUCAUGUCAGAGUCACUAUUUUAAGCUCUUAUUGAACCUCCUACAAAUAAUGGAAAAGAAAAUCACGGAGCCAUUUUUGAGCUCGUAUCAAAACUCCUACAAAUAAUGGUAAAGAAAAUCACGUUGGAGCCAUUGUUCUACGCUUAUCAAAACUCCUAUAAAUAAACGUAAGGAAAAAUCAACUUACCCAUUAUUUUAAGCUCUUAUCAAAACUCCUACAGAUAAUGGUAAAGAAAAUCACGUUGGAGCCAUUGUUCUACCCUUAUCAAAACUCCUAUAAAUAAACGUAAGGAAAAAUCAACUUACCCAUUAUUUUAAGCUCUUAUCAAAACUCCUACAAAUAAUGGUAAAGAAAAUCACGUUGGAGCCAUUGUUUUCCGCUCUUAUCAAAACAAAUAAACAAAGAAAAAUCGACUUGACAUUAUUUUAUGCUCUUAUCAAAACUCCUAUAAAUAAACGUAAAGAAAAAUCAACUUAGACAUCACUUUAUGCUCUUAUCAAAACUCCUAUGAAUGAUCGUAAGGAAAAAUCACCUAAGAGCCAUUAUUUUAAGCUCUUAACGAAACUUCUACAAAUAAAAAUGAGGGAAAAAAAAAAGCUUUCUGCCAUACUUUUUCUUAUCAAAACUCCUACAAAUAAGAGUGAGGAAAAACACCUUUACUAGUUCAGGUUCUUAUCAAAAGUAAAAGAAAGGAAAAAACACCCUAGAUGGAGAAAAAUAAAUCUUAGGGUUCAUUAAUCAGAUUUUACUUACUGGAGCUGACUAAAAGAGGAGUUUAAGAGAAUUAUUUAUUAACCGAAGGAUAAAAACUAAGUGUGACAGUAAUGAAUGUGUCGCUUCAUCCUCCGAAAUGAAGCCUCGGUGAAUGUGUCGUGUUGUCGUGUGAAAAGAAAAAAAAAUUAGAACAGAGUGAAUAGUGAAAAAACAACCCUUGGCAACUCUACAGAACCAACAUUUGCAAGGAGGAAAACUCAAACCGAGUCCUAAGUGUUGAAUUAAAACUAAACUAACUCCCUACCGUUUAUACAUUGCAGGAACCCCGAAGAAGACAAGGAAACAACAGAAGACAAUCAGGAGGAAAAAAACGAGAGAACGAAAGAGAAUUUAUACCUGGAAUGAUUAUAAUUUUUUUUGGUCUGUUUUUUAUGUAGUUUCCCAUUUUUUUAACUUUUUUUGUUGCAUUUUUUGUUUUUUCUCCGUACUCAUACGUGUCCGUUUAGCAUACAGGGCAGAGGGAGGGGAGGCGGGGGAAGAGGGGCAGCAGCAGCAACCUGACUGGCAUAGGGGUGUGUAGGGCCUGCAGCAAGAUAAAAAUUCCAACGCACAUCCAAGAAAAUAAAUAAAUAAAAAAUGUGCCUGUUUCCGAUGCAUUAAGUUCACUGUCAUACCCUUGGAGUGCUUUCAAUUUCUGCCGAGUGACCAAUUUUCAAAGUUACACAUAUGUGGCAGACAGCUGGUGGCAGAACUGUUGAUACAUGAAAAGAAUAAAAAAUCGAUCUUUGAAAAACCCCCAAAAUCGUCUACUGUUAUCAAAGUCGCUGUGAAUGAUUCGCCAGUGUGUGAACGUGAAAAAGUUAUGCAGAAUAUGUUAAGUGCAGAAAUGAGGUGAAGUUACACAUAACAAAGUGGCAAGAUGAAUCAUAACUUUACACGGAAAUGAGGCGACAAGAAGCUAUAUUUUCAAAGACGUGAAAAUUCCCAAAGACAUGAAAAUAAAGUCGCUGAGAACGGUGAAGAUGAGAAAUGAAAGAUGUGUAGUAACAACAAAAUUCAUUCAUCAGAGGCUCUUCUUUGACAGACGUGGUAUUAUGAGUCAUAAUAUUUACACAAAAAUGAGACAACAAGACUUGCAGUCGUGAAAAAAUGAAGUCACUGAGAAUGUGGAUGAGAAAUGAGUCGCGAAGGAACGGCAAAAAUCAUUCAGCAGUCGACCUUCUUUUACAGAAGAGUAAGAAUACAGAGACUUGAGUGCAGGUUAGUGGACACCAUCUCUUUGCUAAAUGACUGUGCUGUCACCUGUCACUCUGCAUUGCUUCCCUUUGAAUGGCAAGGCAGGUCAGGGCUCGGCAAGAAUAAUAAAUGAAUAACUGAUUAAAAAGCUGGCACUUA